UUUUCUUCCCCCUUUAGCGACUCUAUGGUGCUUUUCUUCGCUGCAAAGUAGAGGCUGGAAGAAGAGAUUUUUCAGCUCCUGGGAGGGAAUCCGACGCACCGUGCCUUGUAAAAAAUCCUGGACCUGGCAGUUGACAUCUCCGAGAAACAUGGGAUAGCAGUGUGUGAGUGACCCCUGCCAAGCCCUGGAGUUAAGAAAGGUUAUGGCGUCCAAACGCAGGAAUGCAGCUGUCUGGGCUGUCCCCCGAGAUGCCCUGCUGGAGGACACAGUGAAAAUGGAGGCCCAGGAGGAGGCAUCGGAAUCUGAACCAGAGGAGGCUGCAGGAACAGGCCCCUUGGCCGUCCGCUCAGAGAGCCUCAAGGAAUUGUGGGAAGGGACCAUAACAGAGCACAUUAAGCAGGAACCCGAGGAAGGGCCUCAGGAGGAGUGCUGGGAAGCUCAGUGUCAGGGGCUCCUGAAGGCUGCGCAGUCUCCGCAGCCUGAACCAAGAAACCUGGAGCUGGCCAGCAAUGGCCCAAGGGACACUCAGGGGCGAUCAGACAUUGGGCUGCAGUCUGGGCGAGGGAGGGUGAUCCGCCAUCUGCCUGGCCCUGGAGGAGACAUCCCCCAGCCCACCCACAGCGUUUUGGCCCUGGAUCGUGGGGAAGUGAAGAAGGAGGCUCCCAGCCAGGAGGUGGAGCGUCUGUGCUUCAGGCAGUUCCUCUACCAGGAGGCCGAGGGGCCGCGAGAUCUCUGUGGGAUGCUGUGGAGGCUCUGCCAUCGGUGGCUGCAGCCGGAGAGGCGCACCAAGGAGCAGAUGCUGGAGCUGGUGAUUCUGGAGCAGUUCCUGGCUGUCCUGCCCCCGGAAAUGCAGAACUGGGUCAGGGAAGGCGAGCCGGAGACUUGCGGUCAGGCAGUUGGCCUGGCGGAGGAUUUCCUGGAGAGGCAGCAAGAGAACGAGCACGAAAUACAACAGGUGAGAGGGCAGGAGAUCAGUCCUGGGAAGAACAAAAGGAACAAUGGCAAGGAGCCCAGAGGACUAGCCAUUAGGGGCAGUUUUUGCUGACUGUAAAUAUGCAUU